CCGGUUUAGCUUACAGGUCUGAGCCUGCGAAAGAUCUUGGCAAUGUCAUCUUUUCUGGUCCUGCCCAGCCUCACGACGUAUCUGGCGGUGGUGGGAAAGACACUGGAUCAGAAGACACUGGAUCAGAUUCGUAGGAAACCUCCUGCCAUGGGACGAGACGUGGGCAAUGCACGUAACCCGUGGCGAGCAGUGGUAGUCAAGGCAGAAGUUUCAGGGGAUGGUUCUCUAGGACCUGGUCGGGGCGGAGGCAUUCUGCUUACGGAAGCCGUCGCCAGCUCAGCAUAUUCGACCCAUACCCACGUGGCAGCACUUGGACCCAAUUCCUUUGUUACCGCCUUCUAUGAUGGGAGCAACAGUGAUUCCGGAACCGUUGUCGUGGGGAGCAUUGGUCAGGGAAUCGGAGUUGCUGCAUCAAGUGCAAAUGAAGGAGAGCAGGCUGCGGUUAUCAUUUCUGGUGUUUCUACGACCCACAAAGCACUAAAUGUGGGGUCCUGCUAUUUUGGGAUGGCCGAUGGAACAUUGACAGUGGCCAGAACUGGCCAUCCAGUGGGUUUAGCCAUUUCCUCGUCAGAGCUCCUACUCAACGGCUGUCGCUAAAAGUGCGGCAAAAUUCCCUCCCCCACAUGGCCACCCAGUUUAGGGUUUAGGGUUUAGGGUAUUUUGGGUUUUAGGGUUUAGGGUUUAGGGUUUCAGGGUCUUAGGGUUUGGGGUUUAGGGUAUUUUGGGUUUUAGGGGUUAGGGUUUAGGGUUUCAGGGUUUCAGGGUCUUAGGGUUUGGGGUUUAGGAUUUAGGGUUUAGGGCUUAGGGCUUAGGGUUUAGGGCUUAGGGCUUAGGCUUAGGGUUUAGGGUUUAGGGUUUUAGGGUUUUGGGGUCUUAGGGUUUAGGGUUUUUUGGGUCGUAGGGUUUAGGGUUUUGGGUGUGGGGCUUAAACCUUAACUGCAUCCAAAAAGAAGAUUGAGGCUCUCCUAAAAAUUCGGAGUCCAUGGACGCUCGAUAAAAUGAAUCGGCGGUU